AAGUAAAUUGCGAGCUCCAGUCGUGAGAGAGGAGGUGAGGGUGGAUAUUGAGGACGCCGCUCUCUGACUGAAAAAUAAUAAGGAAGAUGUUUUUCUGACUUUUUUGUUUUCCCAUUUUCCCCAUUCUUUUAAUCGGGGCUGCAACCUUGCUUACAAUGCUCGAUUCAAUCAUUUAUUUUUAAAAGUAAAUCGCUAGCUGUCUAGCAAAUUGUGCAAAGCCUAAUUGUAUUUCUAUCUUAGACCUGAUAAUUUAUUACGUUUCAAUUUAAAACAACUAGCCUGUUUUAUAAAAUUAUAUUUUGCCAUCAAGUUUAAUCUUUGCUUUCCCCUAUUUUUUAAACUUUUGGUUGCAUUUUUGAACGCAUCGUUUGCAUUUGGCUUAAAAAUGGAAUUCGAUCACGUCUCCAGCGAGCUCAGCCCUGUUAACACUAAAUUCGGGUACAGGAGGCCGGACGGGAUCCCCGGCCUAGAUUCACUUUCCUUACCCGGAAAAUGCUCAAACUCGCCCUGUCUCAGGAAACUCUUUUCGCCCGAGCCUGCUGCCGUGCUGUCCCCUGUAACUAACCUGGCUCUCAACAUGACCAACCUCGCCGUUCUUGGAAGCCAGUGCGAUACCCCGAAAAGGAAAAGCCCUGCACCCCUUCUGAAGAUCCCAUCCUUCGCUUCGGACACGUCCUCAGACGCCGGUUUGGGAAUGGACUCUCCCAGCCCGGUGGACCCUCUGGACAUGGAGGAGACGUUUGAGAGGGCCAUCCUGGAGGCUGGGAAAGUCAUCACAGAAAACAAGAUGCCAAUCCGGAGAAUUAACUCGCUCCCGCUGCAGCUCUUGGGGUCCAGCCCUGCCCUGAAGGGGAAGGAGCCGGAGUCUCAGCAUCGUUUCGGCAUCUUCGGUCGCCAUGGCGACCUGCCCGGGAGCCGUAGCAACAAGGAGAACCAGGAGGGGUUUGAGUUUAAGAAGCCCGCCCGGCCGGUCUCACGCUGUCGCCUGCGGUCCUUCCACAGCGGGGCGGGCAAGGAGCCCUUCGCCCAACGCCCAAACUCUGCCCCUGCUCUCAUGAUGUCUCCACCCCCAAUGGAGCGCCUCUGCUCAUUGGACGAUGGCAGCCCCAUCACUCUGCGUCGCUCCUCCCUCACCUGUUCCCUCGACGAUGACGACGGCUUUCUGGACGUCCUGGACGACGAUGUGGAGAAUGAUUCAGACCUGCCGAUGGGAAUGUCCAGCCUGCUGACCGCCCCCCUGGUCGGGGAGAGGGGGAGCGAGCAGCCCGACUCGCCUGUGAUUCGCUGCCGGCCGCGGGGGCUGUUCCGCUCACCCUCCCUCCCCCCCUCGGCCGCCCGGCUGCCCCUGAAGCGCGCUGACCCCCCCCGGGAUGAGAACACGCCGGUGAGGGUGAAGAGGAGGCGCAGUGUGGCGGGGGCGCUGGUCUCAUCCCCAGAGCAGGAGGCGGCGCAGAUGGCGUCCCGUUUCGCCCAGAGGUCCAAGUCCUUCUGCCACACGGAGAUCCAGAAGCUCCUGGACGAUGAUGUGAAAGAGCUGAUCGGAGACUUCACCAAGCCCUUUGUCCUCCCCACGGUGGAGGGGAAACGCCAGGAUCUGAAGUACAUCACGUCAGAAGUGAUGGUGGCAGCGCUGAACGGAGAGUUUAACCACCUGGUUGAGCAGAUCCUCGUCAUCGACUGCCGUUACCCCUACGAGUUUGAGGGUGGGCACAUCAAGGGGGCCCUGAACCUGCACCAGGAGGAGCAGGUGGAGGAGGUUCUGCUGCAGACGCCCAUCCUGCCCUCCUCCCCGGAGAAGCGGGUUCUUCUGGUGUUCCACUGCGAGUUCUCCUCGGAGCGGGGGCCGAGGAUGUGCCGCUUCGUGCGUGAGCGCGACCGCGUGCUGAACGAGUACCCCAACCUGCACUACCCCGAGCUCUACGUCCUCAAGGGCGGCUACAAGGAGUUCUUCCCCCUCUUCCAGACGGAAUGUGAGCCCCAGGACUACCGGCCCAUGCACCACGAGGACUUUAAGGAGGACCUGCGCAAAUUUCGUCUCAAGAGCCGCACCUGGGCUGGCGAACGCAGCAAGAGAGACCUCUACAGCCGCCUGAAGAAGCUCUGAGAUCCUACCCACCCCCAUCCCCACUGCCGCCAUGCCCCUGCCACAUUCCCCCGUUCAUUUGCAAUCCCGUUGCAUUUUCCACAAUUUCUCCUCAAACCUUCCGUGGCUUCCGUGCCCGCACAGUCCCUGCAGUCUGACUCCUGCAGAUGGUCUUGCACUUUGGCGUGGAGUCAUUGCUCUGCAUAUGCUGCCGGACCCCACAACACGCCUCUGCCAUGUAAAAUCGACACGCAUGUGACAUUGCCUGGCCUUUUAAAGCUCCACUGGAGGUCACAAUGACUUGAGCAGUUCCAUAAUCCUUUGCUUUUCCCUCUCAAGCACUUAACUCGAGUUAUAACGUGUAGCCUACGGUCUCUAUGGUUUCAGCUGACUGAUCAGAAUCUGUCUGCUGGCUUGAGACGGCUAUCGUUUUUCUGUGCAAAGUCAUUGGCUAAUUUGUCAAGUUAUGUGAUCUCUUCUCGUUAUGGGGUUGUGCCUCGAUCCCAAAUGUGAUUUCAAGGCUGGCCACACCCAGUUUAUCAUCCUGGUCGUCACUGGCAACCUGUCGAAUCUCGGAAAGGAGGCUGUGGUGAAAUAAGAUUGGAUUCUGCGGUUGGCCUGAGUUGAAGGUGGUUUUGUUUUAACGUCUGAAGGGGAAGUGUCGGGGAGGGCAGGAAAUGUGGAAAAGCCUGAUUUAUAUUCGUUUUGCACUGAUGAGUUUAUGUACUGUUUUAAUUAAUGUCUUAGCCAAAGUGUCACAUGUGGGACAUGUUGGUUGUUGUGAAUUUUAUAGCUCGUUGUGGUAUAAUGGUGGUGUGCCAGAUGGGACGUUCUUGCAAGAUGGCUUUUAUUUUUAAGAAUAUUUUAAAGAAUAUUUUUAUUUUCUUUUAAAACCAAGUGGAAUAACUGCCUAUAACCACACGCUUUACACAGUGAUUUGGUAAUGCACAGUAUGAUCAACCUCCAGCCAUACGACUCCUGUGUUCUGCCGUCUUGAGAGCCCCCCUCCCUGUAACUUUACUGCCUCUGUGUGCGUCUCCAUUAAAGAGAAAAUGCAACCAAAGCCUGCAGAAGUUUCAUCAUCUUUCAGCCCCUUCCUAAUUUAAUGUAAUUUCAACAUUUAGACAAGCUUAUGGGUUUAAUCGUACUGCUGGUCAGCUAAACCCUGCAUUGGACAGCUUUUCCAAAUUGGCCCAAUAUGUAAAGCUGUAAAUUCUUUUUGUAUUUUUAUUUUUGUGUUCUCCUGUUUGCCUCCAGUUGUGUGUGUGACCCUAAAUUGAACUGCCUCAUUUCUACAUGGCUUAAAUAAAUGUGGGAAGUUUUAA